ACAAACUUAAAAAUAGCUUGUCUUGAUGCUGGGUCUUGGUCUGUUCCCUCCUACUCUGGUGGGAGGGAGGAUGGGGUUGGUGUCCUCAGCAUGAGUCUAACCACCCAGGAGGCAAGCCCUGUGUAAGUGGAUUGCCUUUCCCCCAGGGUGCCUUUUACCACAACUCCAAAGGAAGUUCUGUGGCUGUUUUGUUUUCCAUGGGAGAGGACUGAAGCUCUUCUACCUGUUACAGUUGCCUUUGUUAAGAAAUCACCAGUUCCUUAUGCCAAGCUUAUCAGCAUCCAUGGACCAUCUUGCCAAUGAAGGCAGCUUUAGAAGAAUGUUUCCAGGUAGCUAUGGGACCCAAGCUUUCAAAUUCCAACCGAGGAGGGAGAGUGUGGAUUGGAGGCGCUUAAGUGCUAUCGAUGUGGAUCGGGUAGCUCAGGAGCUGGAUGUGACCACCUUACAGGACCAUAUCACUGGGGUCACUUACUGCAAUCUGGACUCAGAGAGAUGUGCCUAUUGCCAGCAGCCUGUGGACCCGGUGCUCCUCAAAGUUCUCAAGAUGGCCCAGCUCAUCAUUGAGUAUUUGUUACAUUCCCAGGACUACUUGAGUGCCAAUAUAGUUUCUUUAGAGGAGAAACUCCAGUCUACCCUGGAGCAGCAGCAACAAACUGAACAGAAACUGGGCAAGCAGACAGAGGAACUGAAGGGAGUAAGGGAGGAGAGCCGGAGACGGAAGAAGAUGCUCAGCAUGCAGCAGCUACUGAUACAGGCUGGGGCCAAUAGCUAUCACAAGUGCCAUUUGUGUGACAAGGCUUUCAUAAACAACUCUUAUCUUCAAGGCCAUAUCCAGCGAAGACACAUUGAGGUCAAGCAGUCUGGACAGAGUGAAAAGCUGAGGUUGAUCCUGAGGUCUCAAGCUAAUAUGAUUAGAAGGAUGGUGAAGCCUUUGAUAGAAUUAUGGAAAUUCGAAGGAGAAAAACAGAAGCAGCAAAUGCAAGACAUGGAAGAUGGAAUAGAAGAGCUGAAGGCAAAGCUGAAGUGGACCCAAUCCCAGCUGGAAGCUGAGAGAGAGGCGGAGAGGCAACGUCAGCUUCAGGAAGCAGAGAAUAUUCGUCUGAGGGAAACAGAGGCAAAGAGGGAAUUUGACAGAUGGAAGGAAGAAGAAAGGAAGAAGCUUUACCAGGAAAUAGACAAUUUGAAGCAAUUGCUUCUAAGUGAAUUUAAGAGUGUUACCAGUCAGAACUCUAUGCUAGAAGAAAAACUCCAAGCAUUGCAAACCCACACUGUAGUAGAGUCUCACCUUGGAACACUGAGGGAUGAUGAUGCUGACGACCGACAGAAACAGGCAAAGGAAAUACAAGACAUGAAGGAAAAGCUUGAGCAUCAGAAAUUAACAUGGAAGAGAAAGUUAAAGGACCUGCAGGAAGAACAUCUGGAAGAAAAGAAAAGGUUGAAGGAUGAAAGUGAGAGACUCCGAGUCUCCCUGUCUCGGGAUCAAAGGAAAGCUGCAGACCAUUUUCAGCGCCAAAUGGAUUCACUCAAUGCCAAAUGCCAAGAUCAGGCCAACAUCAUUAAAUCUCAGGAAGAAAUGAUUAAAAGGAUGUCUCUCAGAAAGGAGGAAGUGACCUACCAAGUAACAAAGGCAGAAGAGACAGAAGAGGAUUCUACACAAGAAGAGUUGGAGGACUCCUUUGAUGGAAAGCAGAAGGUGCUGGAAGCACUGAGAAGGAACCCUAAAUUACUGAAGCAAUUCCGGCCAAUUCUGGAGGAUGCCCUAGAAGAAAAACUGGAAAGCAUGGGAUUAAAAAGGGGUACAAAGGGAAUUUCUGAUAAGACUUACAGAAAUUUGGAAGCAAUGGUAAAAGCCCAUCGAGAACAGAAAGCCAAGAUGUUUUCAGAACUCCUGAAACUAAGGGACAAGCUUAUCAAGGGGGUCGCUCGAAAAAUCAUUGAAAGGCAGCAGAAUGAGAGCAUAUCAUUACAACCUACUAAGGUGGCUGCAGGCAAAGGUCAGAGGAGCCCAGUGCCCACAAGAGAAGCUCAGCAGAAGUCUAGAACACUGAGAGAUGAAUCACAGUCUCAACGAACAGCAUCACCUAAGCCAGCAACACCUCAGAGCAAAGUCAGCCACACACCUGCCACAACAGGGAUACCAGUUCCAACUCCUCGGAGCAAAGUUCAUGGUCCUGCGGGUCCACCUGCUUCACCUGUGCCUGGGCAGAGCACCCCACCAUUCACAUCUGAAGAUGAUUCAGAAGGAGACCGUAUUUCCCAUCCAAAUCUUCAAGUCCCUUCUAGGAUGGUUGCUAGAGAUGACAAUGAUUGGGAUUGGUCUGAUACUGAAACCUCUGAUGAGAAAGUCCCUAAACCUACGGCAAGCUCUAGCGGAAUAACUUCCACAGGAACUCGAGUCCAGUCAUUGGCUAAAACUCUAGAAAAACAGCUAGUUGCUCCUGGAAAGAAGCCUGCUGGAGGAGUGAAUCUUUUCUUAGCCUCAGAUGCUGGACCAUAUAAAACAACCAUCUCAGUAAAGAAGCCCCAGUUUUCUGAAGAUGACAGUGACUUAGAUAUUUCCUCACUGGAAGAGAUUCUUCAGGAUUUGGAUCUGAAUGAGAAGAAAAAACAGCCACAGCAACUGUCCCGGUCUCAACCAGUUGAGAAACAUGGCAGAGUCUCCACAGAUUCUCAGAGCACUAGUGCAUGGAGUUCAAGUAGCACCAGGGUUGUGGGCUGGUGAUUUGCAUGGACAUGACUCCCAUCUUGUGGGGGAGACAGUGAUAUCCCAGUGAAACUUGCACAAUGGCAACAAGGAGUGCCCACGUCACACAUCAUCUUACCCAUUUUUGUUGGAAUCUUUCUUUAUGCAUCACUUCCAUUUCCAUUCUAAUCUGAUCCAAUAAACAUUUUUUAAGCACCUA